UGAGCCGCAUCACAUUAUUAGCCGCCUCGCCUUUUCAAUUGUUUUUAUUUAUAUUUGUUUAUCAUCUAUGGAUUAAAAUUAAAUUUUUUUUGUGCAAUUUAAAUCGAAUGAAUGAAUGAAUAAACAGCGGUAUAUGCCAAAAAAAACGACAGUUCAACAGUUCGACAGUUCAAUCAUAAACGAUUUCAAUUUUCUUCAAUUUUUUUUUGUUUGAAAAAAAAAUUAUAAAUGAAAACAAUGCCUUCAUAUCAUUCAAAAUUAACAUCAGAUCGUUCGGUUGGCAAUAUGGCAUUAUUACCAUUUCGAACGAAAUUUCGUGGCCCAAUCAUAUCGAAUCAAAUGACAAUGAUGAUGAACGGUAAUACUAAUGGUAAUGGUAAUGGUAAUGGUAAUGGUAAUGGUAAUGGUAAUGGUAAUGGUACGAUAACAAAUGGCCAAUCUGAACCACCAAUGGAUAUAAUUGAUGAAACAUUAUUCUAUUUUAAGCCAAAUGUAUUUUUUAAAACAUAUGAAAUACAAUCAAAUGCAGAUCGUGUAUUAAUCUAUUUAACAUUAUAUAUUAUUGAAUGUUUGAAAAAAUUACAACGUUUAAAUACAAAAGAACAUGCUAUUGCCGAGAUGCAUGCAUUGGCCAUUUCACGAUUUGAUAUACCAGGUGAUCCAGGAUUUCCAUUGAAUUCUGUAUAUGCAAAACCAUCAACAGCUGAAGAACAAGAGUUAAUGCGUCAAUAUUUUUUACAAUUACGGCAAGAAUGUGGUCUACGUUUAGCUGAACGUGUAUUUGAAACAGAAAAUGGUAAACCAUCCAAAUGGUGGCUUUGUUUUGCUAAACGUAAAUUUAUGGAUAUUACAUUAACCGGUAAUGUUCCUAAAUGAUAAGGAUCACUUGAAAUCACAAAUAAAAGUAUAUAUCAUCAUUUUAAAUGUUCAAGUUUUUUUCUCUUUUUCUGAUGCUGCUGUAUUUAUUAUUAUUAU